AUGUUAUUGUUGAUUAUUAUGGUUGUAUUAUCAAACGCUCUAGAAGAUUAUGUGUGGGUGAUUUCUGACACACACUUCGACUCGAAAUUUGCGGAGGGUGGCUAUUCCAAUUGUAAAAUGAUCGACUGCUGCCACAACGACUCUGUACCAAAGAAUGGAGACACGACUACAGCAGGGUUUUGUGGAAGUCACUCGUGCCAUGCUCCUCUUGAUACAAUCAUGUCUGGUGCUGAUUUUAUUUACAAGAACAAAGAUAAAUCAACGACUGUGAUUUGGUUGAUGGAUGUCAUCCCAUCGGAUAUGUUCCAAAUGACUAAACAAAGAAAUUUAAACGACUUAAAAACGUUUCAUGACGCACUGAAACAACAUCUUCCCGGAUUCACUGUAUUACCUUCAAUUGGAAACCACGACUACUUCGAAACAUCAUUCUGGAAUUACCCACCUGAAUCAACAUGGAUGUUGGAGAACAUGAGUGUCUGGUGGAGUGACUGGUUAGCACAGGAACAAUUGGACACUGUCAAGAAGGGAGGGUAUUACAUUAUUAAACUUCCCAAUGGGAUGAAUGUCAUUUCAUUGCAAACAGCAUACUUUGAUAUCAUGAACCCUCAUGCAGGGAGAUACCCAGAAGUCGACCCGGGCGAUAUGAUGGCCUGGUUCAAUACUACUUUACACACAUUGAAAGCAAAAGGAGAGAAAACUAUUAUCAUCUCACAUGAGUGCGCUGGCUUGAAGGCGACUGGUAUGAUGGAUGUCAACGCAUACUUUACACAAGACUUCUUGUCACUUUACAAAGAAUUCAAUGAUGUCAUAGUCGGACACUUGUGUGGUCAUAACCACAUCGAGUCGUACAGAAUAUAUCCACCACAAAACCCAUUCUAUUCAUGUAUUAACAACCCUCCUAUGACUCCAAACGGCGCAAACCCCGGUCUAAGACUCUACAAAUACUCCGAGAAUAAAUUUGUCGACUUCACUACUUACGUGUUGGAUAUCAACAAAUGUAAUGAAAAUAGGAAAUAUGAUUGGCAAAAGACGUACAGUGCCUGUGAAGAGUAUGGACUUGUCGAUUUGGGUAACACAGAGAUGGGCAGACUCAACGACUUGCUUACCAAUGACGACACAAUGUGGGCCAAGUUCAUGAAACACUAUGCAAUGGAACUCCCUUACUCUUGUGAGGGGACUUGCCGAAAGCAGAGAUUAUGCUCAAUGCAGAACAUGCGCGAGUCAGACUAUGCCGAUUGCAUCAAUUAA